GAUUUAAGUAUAAAUACUAGCAAUGUCAAUGUAAAGUUGUAUUCUGGACCAGUCUACAUCAUGAAGUUUAUUCUGAUCUGUAUGCUCCUUGGAGCUGCUGCUGCAUUUGAUGAUGAUAAAAUUGUUGGAGGCUAUGCUUGUGCCAAGAACUCUGUCCCAUACAUUGUAUCCCUGAACUCUGGCUACCAUUUCUGUGGAGGUACUCUGAUUAACAGUCUGUGGGUAGUGUCUGCUGCUCACUGCUACAAGGCGAGUGUUCAGGUCAGACUGGGAGAGCAUAACAUUGCCGUAAAUGAGGGCACUGAGCAGUUCAUCAGCUCUUCCAGGGUCAUCAGACAUGGUAGCUAUAACUCCUGGACACUGGACAAUGACAUCAUGUUGAUCAAGCUGGCCUCUCCUGCCUCCUUCAACUCCUACGUGAACGCUGUGGCUCUGCCCUCUGGCUGUGCCGCCGCUGGUACUAGCUGUCUGAUUGCUGGAUGGGGAAACACACUCAGCAGUGGAUCCAAUUACCCUAAUGAUCUGCAGUGCCUGAAUGCCCCCAUUCUGACUGAUAGCCAGUGCAAUAACGCCUACCCUGGAGAGAUCACCAGCAACAUGAUCUGUGUUGGAUACAUCGAGGGUGGCAAGGAUUCCUGCCAGGGUGACUCUGGUGGACCCGUGAUCUGUAAUGGUCAACUCCAGGGUGUUGUAUCCUGGGGAUAUGGCUGUGCUCAGAGGAACUACCCCGGAGUCUACACCAAGGUCUGCAACUUCAAUUCCUGGAUCCAGAGCACCGUUGCGGCUAAUUAAAAUCCCUUGUGAAAUAUGCGUGUUUCUCUUCACAGUUAAUUAUUUUUUUUUGUUACCAUCUACUACUUGACCCAAAUCUAAUUACUGUGUUAUAAUAAACAAUAUUAAAAUAAA